AGCGGGCAUCGAGUCAACUGGCGGGACUGCGGGCACCGAGUCGUCUGGCAAGACAGUGGGCUCCGAGUCAACAGGCACGACAGUGGGCACCGGGUCAUCAGGUACCGGAUUGUCUGGCUCGACAGCGGGCAUCGGGUCACCAGGUAUGACAGCGGGCACUGGGUCACCAGGCAUCAGGUCAUUUGGCUUGCCAGCGGGCACCGCGUCAUCUGGCAAGGCAGUGGGCACCGGGUCACCAGGCAUUGGAUCGUCUGGCUCGACAGCGGGCAUCGGGUCACCAGGUAUGACAGCGGGCCCUGGGUCACCAGGCAUCAGGUCAUUUGGCUCGCCAGCGGGGGCACCGCGUCAUCUGGCAAGGCAGUGGGCACCGAGUCACCAGGUACGACAGCGGGCUCU